AUGGCCUCAGGGAAACCUUCAUACCUCAUCGUCGGCGCAGGCGUGUUCGGCGUAUCCACCGCCUAUCAUCUGAUCCGGAAGUACCCAGACGCCUCAAUCACCAUCGUCGACAGGGACGCCUACGAUGCCGACUCCCGCGUGGCCGCCUCAUGGGACUGGAACAAGGUGGUGCGUGCCGACUACGAGGACAAGAUCUACUGCCGAUUGGCGCUCGAGGCUCAGGAUAUCUUCGAGUCGGACCCUCUCUGGCAGCCCUAUUUCCACCGGACCGGCGUCUACUGGAUAUGCCGGAGUGACUACGCGCAAACCGUCAUUAACCACCACAAAGAACUUGGUCGGGGUGAUGAUAUCGUCGCCUUGCCUGUUGCCGAGGCCCGGAAGCUGUACGACGGGCUGUUCGACAAUGCUGAUUACACGGGCGCUAAGGAAGUGCUUGUGAAUAAGUCUAGUGGUUGGGGUGCUGCCGGAGACUCCCUCGUGGCAAUCACUAAGAAGUCUAUCGAACUAGGCGUUAAGUAUGUGACGGCAGGCGUUGCAGCGUUGGAAUUCGAUGGUCGCAGCCGCUGCACUGGAGUCAAGACAGAAAAGGGAGAUGUUUUGUCCGCCACGCAUGUUAUCGUUGCCACUGGAGCUUUCACUCCCACAUUGCUGGAGCGGAGCGCUGCGGCCAGCGGCAACGAGGGGCUGAGUGCUGGGUCAAGGAUUCUCGCGGCUGGAAUCACGACGGGAAUGGCACAACUCACCCCUGAGCAGCAUGAGAAGUUUAGGAACAUGCCCGUCGGCUUCCAGGGUUAUACACCCAACGAAGGAAAACCCUUCAUCGGUACUCUUCCGCCGACGAAAGACGGAGAGCUGAAGUGGUGGGGUUCCAAGAUUUUCACAAACACUCGGGAAGUGCUGCCAGGGCGUUCCCUCUCCUCUCCGCCUCCUACUUCCGAUUACAACCAAUGGAAGGUCCCCGGACCCCUCAAGCAAGAUAUCGUCGAGGCGAGGAAUCUCUGGUACGGGCCUACGAGUGCUGAUUGGGAAAUGACAAAGCACCGUAUUUGCUGGGACGCCUUCACCACGACCUCCGACUUUAUCAUUUCUCCCCAUUCGGCUGCCAAGGGGCUUUAUAUUGCUUCAUGCGGUUCUUUCCACGGCUAUAAGUUCUUCCCGGUGCUCGGCAAGUACGUCACGCAAAUGAUUGAGGGCGAGCUGGCCCCCGAGUUGGCAGAGAAGUGGGCUUGGGAUCGCCAGCGUCCGGAUUCGUCGCAGAAUGUAGAGUAUCCUAACUCGGAGAUGAACCAUCUGUUGAGGAAGGUGUAG